AUGCCUGACCUCCGAACGCUUAACAAGCAGGAGCACCAGCUGCGAAAAUCGCUGGAAGGAAUCCAGCAGUUUAUAAGUGGUUUCCAAACGAAGCGAGAUGCGGGACAAGUGAGCGUUAGACUGGAAGCAUUGGACAAGCUGUUCAGUCAGUUUCUCGAGAUCCGAAUACAAAUCGAGCUGCUUUUGGAGGAUGCGAUUGAGGACGGCGAUGGCGAUGAAGAAGCGCUCGUCGAGCAGAACGACAAGGUACGGCAGGACUUCGAAAAUGUAUACUACGCGCUGAAGUCCGAACUGCAGGCCUUCCAGUCGAUUGGAUGCAGUACGUUGAAGAGCUCCACGUCGCAAGCACCGGAUGCGCAAACAGAAACCCAGUUUGCAAAGGUGAAGCUCCCCGAAAUAAGGCUGCCGUCGUUCACAGGACAGAUCCACGAAUGGGUGCCGUUCCGAGACAGCUUCCGGAGUCUUAUUCACGACAGUAACCUCCUCACGGAAGUCGACAAGUUCACCUAUUUGAGGUCUUCGUUGUCCGGUGAUGCGCUGCAGGAAAUAAACUCCAUCGAUUUGUCUACAGCCAAUUACGCGGUAGCGUGGAAGGCGUUGGAGAGCCGUUUCGAAAACAAGAAGUUGAUCGUCAAGGCGCACCUCGAUGCACUUUUCGCCGUGGAGGCACUCAAGAAGGAAAGCUACGAGGAGCUGAACCGGUUAAUCAGCGCUUUCGAGAAGAAUCUGCAGAUGCUGGAGAAGAUCGGCGAAAAACCAUCGGAUUGGAGCACGAUUCUCGCAUAUAUGGUUUGUUCCCGAUUAGACAUGGCUACCCUGCGCCACUGGGAAACCCACCACAACAGCAAGGAAGUUGCACAGUAUCCCGCUGUGAUGGACUUUCUGAAGAGUCACUGCUCCGUUCUACAGUCGAUCGCUCCAUCAAGGCCUACGGUUCCCAUCUAG